AUGCAGGAACAGGCAGUGAAUAUUGUGGUGGUUGGAGGCUCCUUGGCUGGCCUGUUGCAUGCAAUCAUCUUCAAGCAUUUGGGUCAUAAGGUCCACGUUCUAGAAAAAUCGUCCCAAUCGACCCUGCAGAGUCAAGCAGCUGGGCUUGGAGCGGGCCCAGAAGUGCGGAAGCUCAUCGACGAAUAUAUCAAAACUGAUAAACCGUACGCGACGACUUCAAGCCUCCUCGAAAUUGUCAAUAGCCAGGGAGAUAUCAUCAAUUCGAUUCCCACCGGUGAGGUCAUAUACCUGACCACCUGGAGCUUGCUCUACAAUAUGCUCAAAGCUCACCUGCUCGGUGAUAGGACGACGCCGCCAGCAACGUAUGAGACGGAAAAAACUGUGCGCGAUGUGAACUACGAUGGAAACAAGGUUACUGUAACCUACUCCGACACGAAUACGGGAAUUUCGAAUGUUCUCCAAGCCGAUCUUGUCAUUGCAGCUGAUGGUGCACAUUCCUCAGUCCGAGCAACCGUCUUACCAGAUGUGCAUCCAAAAUAUGCUGGCUAUGUUACGUGGAGAGGUGCUGUGCCAGAGGCUUCAGUCUCGGAAGCCUCAAGAGAGGUUCUGGAAAAUAGAGUCAUCAUUUUUCGAACGGAGAAAGGCUACACAAUAUCAUAUCACGUACCUUCGGAAAGCGGAAGUAUAGCGGCUGGAGAACAUCAAUUCAUUUGGAUUUGGUACGAGAUGCUCGAGGAGAAUUCCGAAGAGUUUCGUGAGACUUUUACGGAUAUUACUGGAGUCACUCGUUUGACGACUGUUCCUCGAGGCAAGAUGAACCCCACAGUCUGGGUCAAAAGACAAGCCAGUGGUGCAACACUCAGCGCGCCAUUUGCAGAGCUCCUCAGCAAGACUUCAGAUCCAUUCGUCUCCGCCAUACGGGACUUCGUUUCGCCCAAAGCAGUGAUUUAUGAUGGUAAAUUGCUGCUUGUUGGAGAUGCGUUUGCGUUGUUUCGUCCUCAUCUUGGUGCAAGCACAAAUCAAGCUGCAAAGCAAGCCGAUGGUCUGGUAGAUGUAUUCAUGGGAAAAGGAAAUCUGGCAGAAUGGGAGAAGGCAUCCGUAGAGUAUGCAACGAGAACCAGCGCUACCAGCAAUGCUUUAGGAGAAUAUUGCUUUACGGGCAAUGUCCCCGGCAGACUGAGUACUGCUAUCCAGCCCGACAAGAAAUCUCCAUAG